CAAUCCGACACAUUUUGUCUCUGGGUUCCACACCGGAGCCCACCUUCAGGCGCAGACACCUUAUAUUUAUUUUAUUUGGCAAUGGAGGAAUCACAGUCAGCCUCUUCUUCUUCUGAACUGCCCUGUGUUAGCUUUAAUUAUAGAACAUAUGGGUUGGAUAAAGAUGGACAACUUCCUCCCCCCGGACUGUUUCAUUGUGAUUUAUUGUUUGAUGAUUCUGAUCCUGUUCAAGCAUCCUGUUAUUGUGCAAAACCCAAAAAAGAGGACGACCAACGAAUGAUAAUAGUUAGCAAAAUCCGUAGCCCUUUUCUUCUAGAACACCUUUGUGGCAUGGAUAAAGCCACUUCUUACCAUUUUACCCCAAAGAUGGAUCAUAUGACCUUUUUGGGGUAUUUUGAGGAUUUGUUCCACCAGUUUAACAGAAGAAGGGGUGGAUUCUCUUGGAUAGAGCAUGUAUGGAUGUCUCUUCGGGUUGUGGGAAGCGCCAUAUUAAAGGGCAUUCAUGAUUUGUUCACUAAUGGUUUCAACCACACGUUAUUACGUAGUGGUAUAGCCAUCUUCUGUGGCAGUCGUUCGCUUCCGGCACCGAAACUAUUCAAUUUUGAAUUGACUCAACGUUCUCCAAAAGAUCCGGAAUUCAUCCACAAGCUCAUUCUUGAUUUGAAUGCUCUAAAAGAUUUGGUAUCUCGAGUAUUUCUAAUGAAAGGUUCGAUAGAAAGGGUCGAACCUUAUUACUCACAGUUGAACCGUUACCUUGGCGUUGAUUUUGGCCGCUGUAAUGCCACACCGUGUGUAGACCUUCCGGAUUCGAUUGUUGAACCAAUAAUGAAGACAAAAAUAUUUGAUCCAUUUUUCUGGACUGUUACUGAUACUAUGCUAUUUAUGAGAAAGAUGGAUCAAAUAUUUGGGAAGUAUCCGAAAGUUGAAAUCUCAAUCAAAGAGGGAAUGGGGGGUACAUUCAAAUGGACACAUCUGGAUAUGGGGGUGUUCAAAGACGCAUUCCAUUGGGACCCAAGUGCUCAUCAAACUGCCACUCAAAGCAGUGGCAGUAGUGCUCCUCCCUCCAGUGGCAGUGCUGACCCUCUUCUUUCCUUCAAAGAGGUAUCACUGUUCCACCUUAUGCUCCAACUAGAAGGGGUCCCACUGCUCCCCCAACUGCCACUCAAAGCAGUGGCAGAGCUCCUCCCUCCUCUUUCCCUCAAAGAGGAGGAAUCAAUGUUCCACUGCGUGCUCCAACCAGAAGUGGUCCCACUGCUCCCCCUUCAACACCCAUGCCAGCAUUACCUACAAAAACUCGAUAUCAAAACGGGAUCAAGUCUAACUGCAGGUUUUAUCGCAAUUUGAUUGAGCACCCGCCGGACAACCAGACAUCUAUGCCUGGCGCAAAAAUGACUUCAGCAGAAAUAGACCAUGCAUUCCAUGUCCUCUUCCCUGAAACCAUUUCCUACGUAAGGAAUGGUUUGAUGAAUUCAAUUGUGAACCCUAAGCCUGGUGGAGAUCCUUAUGUUUGGAAAAGGCUUAACAUGUUGAAUUAUUUGUUACCAACAACCCCCUUCAAUGUCGACUUCUAAGUUGAUUCACAACAUCGCAGCAAUGGGGUGCAGUUAGGACUUGUUGCAAUUAUUGAAGUACAGACGAAACCUGACCUCCUUUUGUGAUCCAUUUUGUAAAUCAAGUACUCUUUUUUGGUACCAUUGCAUGUCGGAGUCCCUUUUUUGGUACAGUUGCAUGAUGACGCUUUUCAAUUUGGUAGACUUGCAUCCCUAAUUCCCCAUGACUAUUUUCUGCUACAAUUUGCAUGAUGACAUGACAAUUAUUUUAACAUGGAAACUUGUAUUGAUACUAAAUCUCUCUAUGAAUU